AUGCCUCAUGCAGCAUGCUGGAAGCAGGAUGCAUAUAAUACAGAGCAGAUGCAGGAGAGCCCGUCGGAGAGACAGCGAGGCGUUGGCAUUGGACACGUGGUGCGGUACAGUUUGCGCUGUUUACACUGUUUGCUCAUACAUCCCAGAAAGGAUGAUGCCCGAGGCAUCGCCAGACCUGCGAAUCGUCAUUCUUGCAAUAUUAUGUGGCAUGUUAUACAGAUUCCACGAGGAUAUCCACGGCAAUUCGGAUAUACCCACGAUAUGCGACAGAUAACACAGAUGACGUGGGCCGAGAAAGAGACAGUGAACAUGUUCGACCGUGGAACUGCACAGCCCUGCCGCAGCAGGUUACAGCGUAGAACCAGCACUGCCACUCCACGGAUCUAA